AGGCCCAGUAAACUAGACCAGCAAGGCUAAAAGCCGAAAGGGUUGCAGUGAGUGAAACUGGAAUUUUUUUGGCCUGUCUCAAGAAUCCCGUUUUUCUCUCCAGUGACUCCAGCUUUCCCGGAUAUGGAUUCAUCUACUGGUCAGGAAUUCAAGAUAAUCUUGGGAUCAUCUUCUGUUGCCCGUAAAAAGAUUUUAGCAGACAUGGGGUUUGAAUUCACAACUAUGUCUGCAGAUAUAGAUGAAAAGGCCAUUCGUAAAGAAAAGCCUGAAGAUUUGGUUACGGCUCUUGCUGAGGCAAAGGCAAAUGCCAUAGUGGGAAAACUCAAGAAUGUUGAAAACCAGGAGAAGGAUGCCAAGCCUACACUUGUGAUAGCGGCUGAUACUGUAGAAAAUGUCCAACCAAAGCGUCAUGGCAAAGAGGAUGCAGAACCCACCCUGCUUAUUACUUGUGAUCAAGUGGUGGUGUAUGAAGGCAUGAUAAGAGAAAAGCCUUCCAGUGAAGAAGAGGCACGUGAAUUCAUAAAAGGUUAUUCUGGUUCGCAUGCUGCUACUUUGAGUUCUGUUCUUGUGACAAACCUUAGCACUGGAUUAAGAAAAGGGGAUUGGGACAAAGUGGAGAUUCAUUUCCAUGAUAUUCCAGAACAGAUAAUAGACAACCUGAUAAAAGAAGGGAAUGUACUAAAUGUAGCUGGUGGACUGAUUAUUGAACAUCCUCUGGUUUUGCCAUAUGUGAAAGAAGUGGUUGGUGGAACUGAUAGUGUAAUGGGACUCCCGAAAGAGCUCACUAGAAGACUAAUGAAGGAGGUUCUAUAGGUUAAAUCUUUGACUCCUUGAUUCUUGACCUGCUGUCAAAUGUAUGCUUCGGAAAAUGUAUGAUUGUUCCAUUGUCUGCUUCAUAUGCCAGUGAAUGCUAAAACAUUUCAGUUUCUUGAGUAAACAUUGCUAAAAAAAACUUGAUCCUUAACUCCUUUGAUGAAAUUCUAGUUUUCUUGUCUA